AUGGUUUGUAAGGUAAUUUAUUGGCCGCGACACCUAUGGACGUCGACCUCUACGUCUAUCCCGACUGUAUUAUGUCGACGUUUAUCCAACAAUUCCUAUUGUGUUGUCUCCCUUGAGUCGAACCCUUCCAUUGGGCUCGAGUUAUUGCCUCUUAAGACGUUGAAAUCCCGCUGUAUCGUGUUAUUUGAUGCUCAAGUGGCAUCUCUUGGAGGCUUUAAGACGCUUCAUUUGCCACAAAUUUUACAAGAAAUGGGACAAGAAUUUGGUAAUCAAUACAAGGACAAAGAAGAGGAAGCAGUUCAUGGUAUAAGAGGGACAAUUGCGUGGCUAGUGGAGAGCAUGGGAUACUAUUUAUUCUAUCUACCCUUUGCAAUGCUCUUGAUAGUCACAAGUGCCAUCCAACGUCUAGUACAAGACACGACGACUCCAUCCUGGCUUCCGAUUGGUGGUGACAAGAGCCUGGCGAUGUCGACAUUCUUGGCAGUACUUUGUUAUCAACUGCAAAAUGCAGCAAGUCUACCGAAACGACUGCGGCACUUUUAUCUCUUACACAAGCAGCAAGGGCUAUCACACCAAGAACGACUGGAACUACUGGAAGUGCUCAAUUGGAUAUGCUUUAUGCUUCUUGACAUGGCUCUUGGACAACUAGCGCUGACGUACCUGGGCGGAAUCAUCGCUCCAAUCUUCCACGUUACCAACAUUUCUCCGAUUGCAGGCGUGAAUUUUUUGCGUGAUAAUGUGGAGUGGCUUAUGGGAGCUCCCGCGGGCUUCAAGUUGAACAAGCCACUCGCUUCGAUACUGGGCAACGGUAUCCUCCUGUGGCUGAACCUCUGGAGCUUUGUCUUUGAAGAACUCGCACCUUUGGCAAGCGUCGGGAGUAUAGGGUAUCGGCUAUUGCUUGUGUGUGGGCACAUGGGCGUGACACUGCAGUUGAUGCUAAUGGCAGAUUUGCUGAACCUUACUACGUGGCACUCGCAUUGGAUCUACCUCUAUUUCGCCAAGCUCAACCGCCUGCAAUUUGGGUUGUUUUCGUCACUGUCAAAACUCUUUUUGGGCAAGAAGAUCAAUGUGCUGCGCCACCGCGUGGACACGUGUGAAUACGACAUUGGGCAGCUUUUGCUGGGCACUCUAUUGUUCACCAUUUUGGUUUUCCUCGUGACUACCAACUUAGUGUUCUUUGUAUUCUUUGUGGGUGUGCGUGGUAGCAUCCUACUAGUGUCGUUACUGCUGUGGCUGCCAGUCGUGACACUAAGUUCUCUUCCAGUGGCUUCACUCUUGAAUCGCCUGUGGAAUCCGCGCCUCUUUAUUGUCGGAAUGCAGCUUCAAGUGAGCCAGGUUUCAGCAGUCGAUUGCAUUGUCAUAGGAAGUGUUGGUGUAGGCCAUCAGGCGCCACAGUUGGACACUCAGCACCGGCUGAAGCUGCGACAAGCACUCGAGUCGUGGAAAUCCAGCGAACAAUGUGACAGUCAGAGCACCACUAUCGAGCUCGUGCCGGUUGCUUCCAGUCUUGUGGCGCAAUUUACCAGGUUGUUGUUGUUCUUGACGGUGCGAUUUCGUUUUGAUCUAACAUGUCCUGCUGAUUUGAAGGUUUCGCGCGUAUGCGCACAAUGUGAGUACGCGUUACUCACUGACUGUUAUCAUGAAAGCUUGUCUGUUUGGAAGCGUCGAAAUUGCGCGAGUCCCGUUAAGUAUUUUGUUCGGUCUGCCAUGAAACUGCAGCAAUAG